AUGACGUCUGGGCUGGGGGUCACGGUGCUUGAGGUGUUUGUGGGCGAUCCGAGAUCGAGCGAGUUUGUCGACCAUGCAAGAUAUGGCCAGGAGCUCAAGCUGGACCCGUUCCAGGUGCACGAGUUCACGGACGAGGAUGACGCGGCCGCGGCGGAGUGGCAGCAGGUGGCGGGGCGAAAGCUGACGAAGAUGUGCCGUGCGGGUAUCCCGGAGUACUUCAGGGGGGGAGUGUGGAACAAGGUCAUGUCGCCGACCAUGGAGGAGGCCGGGACGCCGUCGCAUAAGCUCCAACAAGAGCGUAUCUGGACUCGAGUCCUGGAGAGGGUGUUCGAGGGCGAUGGUAUGGGCGAGGAAGUCCCGGGAUACGGGGGGGAGCUGAGGCUGGAGGAUCACUGCAUGAGCGCCGAAGGGCGGGCCGCCGUGAGACGCCUCCUCGUGACCAUCAAGCACAUGUUGGCGGUGGAGUGGAGCCCCUCCCUGCUGGACGUGGUGCCCGUGCUGCUGACCUACAUGCCCGAGAGCUGCGUGUACGGGGUCGUGGAGGAGCUGUGGGGCAUGCGGCCGCUGUUUUUCCCGCACUCGGAGGAAGAGUUCGAGGCCUGGGGGGGGACGUUCAAGAACAUGGUCAAGGACUUCUUCCCCGAGACCUCAAAGGAGAUGUCCAAGUGCGGGGCCGACGAGCCGGAGCACCUCCGGCAGGUCCUGCUCCGCAUGUUGGUUCCGAUACUCCCGCUCAAGCACCUGGUGGUGGUGUGGGACGCCUGGUUCUGCGAGGGGAGCAAGGUGAUCUUCCGCUACGGCCUGGCCCUGCUCAAGAUGUACAAGAAGCGUCUUAAGGCUCUGAAGCUGAAGCAGGGGCAGGGGGCUCAGUGGUGGUCGAAGCUGAGGGACUGGGCGCACGAGCCGUCGUUUUCGUUCGACGACCUCACACACAAGGCGUUCAGCCUUCGGACCAAGAGCGGCCUACGACCAAUCAGCUGGGCCAUGCUGGAGAACUACCACGACAAGAACGAGGCAGAGGUUAAGAGCAGGAUGGACAAGGUGGCCGGGUCGCGGCUGGACCACAAGGGAGUGGCGGCGGACCGAGCGGACGAGGCUCAGCCCUUCUUCUGGCCGCCGUUUCAGCUCACGGCCACCUUCCCGCCCCCGGUGCUCCUGGCCGACGUGCCCGCGAGGGCCAAGCUCGUCAAGUGGGUGCCCGAGAUCUUGCGGCAUAAACGCCUCCGCGUGGUGUUCACGACGGAGAUCCACGGGUACAACCUCGACCUGCUCUACAGCCACUGCCGGACGGUGUCGCCCUCCCUGCUGGUCGUGGAGGCGGCCAACGGAGUUAUCCUGGGUGGAUUUUGUUCCGACUCGUGGCAGUACCCUCACGCGAAGCAGUCGCAGGGCGGCAUGUACGGCAACGGGCAGUGCUUCCUCUUUCGGCUCCACCCGCAACCUACCACCUGCCGAUGGCAGGGGGGCGCCGUUGCCGCGGAUAUCAUCAAGCAGCACGCGCAAAAGCAAACGGGGACAGGGUUUCACCUACCCCACGCGAGUAGACAUCGCUCCUCUGGGACGGGUCUUGCGGCCUUGAGCGCGCACAGCAGCAGCCACGCGCUCAGCAGCUGGAGUAAGGGUGAGAGCAAGCACGGCGGGAACGGCGAGUCGCUCGGCAGCAGCAAGCACGGCGGCCGGUUAGGGCAGAGCAGCAGACACGCGGAGGCGAAGAGCUCAGGCAGCGCCGCCAGCAAGAGAGAGGUGCGAUCGGCAAGCAGUCACAAACAGCGCGGCAGCAUGCUGCGGUCGGAGUCGUUCGGGCUGGGGAGUGUCCACAAGAAGCAGCCACCAUCGGUGGCGACGGAGAGCUUCAUGAUGACCACCAAGGACUUCCUCGCCAUGGGGUCCAGCCCAGUGACGUCGAACUGCGGCCUCAAGCUGUACAACGACCUCACGAGAGGGAGCAGCGACGCUUGCGAGACGUACGGCAACGAGAGGCUGGUAGGGCCGACGACGGCCGACUUCGCGGUCACCUGCGUGGAAGUCUACGCGUUCGACUGGGACGAGGGAAAGGGAAGGGGCAAGAAGACGCCGUUAAAUGGAGAGCGUCGAGUUUUAAUGAUAGACCAGUCGGGAACAUGUCUUGUCGUGUUGUGUUCAUUUUUUUUUUUUGUCUCGUUUUUUCGUUUCCGUCCGCCCCUUGUUUCACGCACUCGCCUCAGAUACAUGUACAUGCAUGGGGGGUAAUUUGUCACGGUGAAUCGUGCGCUAUGCGUGCACUUUUGUUCCAAGGGCGCUCGUAUCGCCCAGCGCAAUCCUCCCACCCCCCCCCCCCACCCGGUCGUGUUACUUGGUACUUGCGUAGCAGCUCUUGCUCUGCGGCUGUUUGCCGGAAGCGGAAAACGAUGCGGUAUUGGUGUGGAUUUUUCUUUUUUUUUGUUCGCUUUCUGACAGGAUGAGCGAGACAGAGAAGGGACAAGAGCUUGCUUCCGUUCUCGCUUGUGGAGGGUGUGCGUGGAUAUUUGUAUGUGCGUGUUUAAUUUCUUUGAGAUUCCUUGUUGUUGUAUGGCCCGCUAUAGGCCGGCAAAACGGACGCGGCCGGCUAUUGUACCGAAAGGGGUAUUUAUCAGGCUUAGGAGACAAAAAAAAACUUGUGGUAAGCAGGCGUUUUCCUCGAGAAGCCAGUAUACAUGGAUGAUGUCAUUCUCGUCUUGCCAAGUUAGUUGCCAACUACUUUUUUGCUGCGAAACGUUCACAGGCUGCUGUGAUGCCGCCCUUUUUUG